AUGGGUGGUUUACUCUUUGGUUAUGAUCUUGGAAUUACGGGAGGAGUGACUUCCAUGGAACCUUUGCUAAUAAAAUUCUUUCCUAGUGUUUAUAAGCAAAUGAAAGAUGAAUCUAACCACGAAAGUUGUUUAUUGCUUGGUUUUGGUGUUGGGUAUUAUAAUCAGUCUGUACCUGUGUAUUUGUCUGAAAUGGCCCCAACAACGAUAAGAGGUGCACUCAACAUUGGAUUUCAAAUGAUGAUCACAAUUGGUAUCUUAAUUGCAAACCUUAUCAACUAUGGGACUUCCAAACUAGAAUAUGGUUGGAGAGUUUCUUUAGGUAUUGGUGCAGUUCCUGUAAUAAUGUUAUGUGCAGGAUCUCUUUUCUUAGGUGACCCACCUAACUCUUUACUUGAAAGAGGUAAAGAAGAAGAAGCCAAGAAAAUGUUGCAAAGGAUUCGUGGCACAGAAAAUGUUGAGGAGGAAUUCCAAGAGCUCAUUAUUGCGACUAAAGCAGCCAAAGAUGUGGACCACCCAUGGAAGAACAUUACGCAACCAAAAUAUAGACCUCAACUCACUUUUUGCUCUCUGAUUCCAUUCUUCCAACAAUUCACUGGUAUUAAUGUCAUCAUGUUUUAUGCACCCGUCCUCUUCAAGACUUUAGGCUUUGGUAACGAUACUUCCCUUAUGUCUUCGGUUAUCACUAGAGGUGUUAAUGUGGUUGCCACUUUUGUUUCUGUUAGAAUCGCGCAGCGGAAUGUUUGCGAGAACGGACAAAAACAAAGAGGGGGUGAAUUGGUUUCUUAA